CUACCACGCCGCUCGGCAGCAGCUGAUCACGUGCGAUCUGGCCCCUGAUUGGCUGCCGCCCUACACACCUUUACCGCUGAUUGGCUGAGGCUCUCCCCGCCCGGGUCUACGUUCUAUGAGCAGUAGCACUAUCUGAAUGGAGCAGCUGGAGAAGCUGUGUACAGCACAGAAGUGAAUAGCAGCACAGAGAGCAUCGUCCGCUACACUGCCCAUCAUAUAGCCAGAGAGAUGCAAAAGAUGGAAGUCCUCAGAUAUCACCCCUAUGGUAGCACCCCCUGGAAGUCCCCCCCACAGAAGGUUGACUUUGAAGCCGUGGAGGCCCUUAUGUCGAUGAGCAACCGCUGGAAGUCGGAAUCCAAAAGUUACGCUGAUCUGAGGCCGAUCACUCCGGCGUCUGACCUGUCAGAGAGUGAGGACAGCCUGAUGACCGCCGAGUUCAGCAGCAGCAUCAUGCCAGCCUUUUGCCUGACCCCACCAUACAGCCCUUCUGAAUUUGAGAUGUCACAUUCCCCCGGCAUCACCCCGGUGUAUCCGUCUACCGAGAAAAACAGGUCUGCAAAUUGUGUGAGCCAUAGUAAUUCAGGCUCAACCCAGCUGAAAGCCCAAGUCACCAGCGUCAUCCGCCAUACUGCAGAUGCUCAGCUCCACAGUCCACAUCCAAGUUUGCCAAAGAACUGUGAACGUCCUAUUGCAAACGGCAACAUCCAGCAGAAGGGUUUACCUGGCGUGGUGAUGCCAAAGAGUGAAGAUAAUAAAUGUGAGCAGAUCAAGACUGAAACGCAGACAGCACCCAUUAUCCUGCCUGUACAUAACAGUCUUCAGAUUGGCGCAAGUAAAGCAAGUUCUGAUGCUCACCUUAUCCGAAUGCAAAUCCCAUCCCCGCCAUUGCUGGUUUCCACACCAUUACCUGCAAAUGCCUUGUCACAGGUGCCAGUCUUGUGUCAAAUGGUUCCCUUCUCUUCUAACAAUUCCAUGGUGACAACAGUAGUCGCAAAUACCCCUGCCCAGCCUCCGGCAGUCAUGCAGUCGCUGUUUUACAUGGGAGCGCAAGUGCCAAAAGGGGCUGUGAUGUUUGUGAUGCCCCAGCCUGUAGUACAAAGUACAAAGACUAUUAUGUCCAGCGGUCAUCGACUGUCACCAAUUGCACCAGCACCAGGUGUUGCACCUUUGGAAGGAAAAGUCCCAUCAAACCUCGACACCUCCCGAAUUAGAAGUCAUAUCUGUAGCCAGCCUGGGUGCGGCAAGACUUAUUUCAAGAGCUCCCAUUUGAAGGCACAUAUGAGAACGCAUACAGGAGAAAAACCCUUUACCUGUAGCUGGGAAGGUUGUGAAAGAAGGUUUGCCCGCUCAGAUGAACUGUCUCGGCACCGGCGAACACACACCGGAGAGAAGAAGUUUGCAUGUCCUAAGUGCGACCGUCGAUUCAUGCGCAGCGAUCACCUGACCAAGCAUACGCGGCGUCACCUAUCUACAAAAAAACUCCCUACUUGGCAGAUGGAAGUGAGCAGGCUAAGCGAAAUUGCCGUGCCGCAGACCUCAGCUCCUGUACAGUGAAGGCACCGGCAGAGGUUACGUCUCUCGGGCAAAAGUGGUCAUGGUCCCAGCCAUGAUGAAAGAUUACGUCCAUUCUGCUAUGGGCGUGAGUCUGGUUCAAACCAUUUUUUCUAAGUAGGAAAUGUGGUCCGUGAAGGAAUGGUAGCAAAUAAGGACAGACUUUGAUGAGGACUCGGGAUCCUAUAUUUGUAUUUUUUUUUUCUGCAUUUUUAAAAUAUGUCAAGUGCAGAUAGUUUUGUGUAGGGCUGCCAAGUACACAACGUGACGAGGAUGAUACGAGGCUUACAGUGUUAUAUCAGCUAGUUCAGGUUACCUGCUAAGAGUGGCUUAACCCUAGUCAUCUCCUGACAUAACAUGGGGCUAUGUAUAGCCCAUACUGAGUGACUGAUUUACUAACACUUAAUGAAAUAUAGAAAUAUAAAAUGCUAGUAUAUAUGCAUAAGAUCUACUAUGAAUAGAUGAGUUUUCUAACACUAACUAGAUAACGCCAUUAGGCUAAGUUUCCACUUGUUUUUUUUCUGGCAGUUUUUGAGCCAAAGUCAGAAGUGGAUCCAUAAGGAAGGAGAAGUUAAAUUCUUCCUUUUUAUGUUCUAUUCCUUUUUUAAUGCACUUCUGGCUUUGGCUCAAAAACUGCAGUGGCAGUAUUCCAAAAACUGCCAGAAAAAAAAAAAAGUGGAAACUUAGCCUUAGCAUGCUUUUUUGUAGGUAUUAAUAGAGACAGUAGUGGGGAAAAUACAGAUCAUAUUUUCAAUCUGUUAACGUUACUCUCAGGAAGGAAUCAGAUUUUAUGAGAUCUCCAGUUUACAAAAAAAAAAAAAAAAGAUUCAGGGUAUUACAUUUGUAAAGGAGAGCUCGGUUUUUCUUUUUCAAAUAUGUAUUUGCAAGGUUUUGCCCCAUAGGUGGCGCAGGAACAGGAGAUCUGUGUCUGCCAUUCACCUUUAACACUACUAUCACCCAGCAACAUGGGUAUCUUGAUGCCAUUCCAUUUGGAAACCUAUGCACUUUGUUAAAGACAUUAGGGGCACUUUUGUGGGCAAAUGAAGUGUUUUUUUUUUUUUUUUAUAACAUUAAAAGUUUUUUUGUCUUCUAAUAAAGGCCUAGUUAUUCUGAAGUACAGUGCAUUCUUAAAAGUGCUGUCCAGGAUUAGUAAGAGCUGCUCCAGUGCCACAGUCUGGCUAGCCCCCUUGUACAAUCGGUACUCCCAGCCCCUCCUUGACUGAUGUAUAGGGCGCUGGGUAGUGAGGUCGAGCCAGGGAGGAUUGCCAGGCUGUGGCACUUAAGCACCUCGUCUCCACCUCCUUGACAUUUGGCAUUUAGACAUUUAUCUGUCUUUUGAUUUGCACUCUGUUUCCACAAAAUAAUUCUCUGAUGUGUUUACUAUGAAUUCACAUAUGACUGGAGGAUGUACGACUUGUAUGAAUCCAUUCACUUUUAGAACAAAUGACUGCAGACCAGGAGCUAGGUUAAUGAAAUGUAAUUAUAUUUUAGUUGCCAGACAAGAAGAACUUUCAUAGACAUCAACAGAAACUACCCGAAAAAGUUAGCAGCCAGUAACAUAUUAUAUAUUUUUUUAAGUACAUUGACUACAUGGCGUCUGGGUUUAUCCAGUCCCUAUCUUACAUCUGUGGUCAUCCACACAUCUAUCAGUCUGAGUUCUUACUUUACAUUGGUUUUCAUUAGAAUCCAAUAUCAAAAUGUGAACCCAGAUGGUGGACAUUGGAAUAUUUUCUUCACCUGCAGCGAAAAUCCAUUUUCAGUGCGUGACUAUGCAUAAUAUAGUCACUAUAUAUUAUCGUGCACCCUCUUACAAGGCACUACUCUAUAGAAUUGUCUGCAUAUGUGUAUUCAGAGAAAAUACAUUCAUGCACAUAUAUAUAUGUAUAUAUUCAUACUUAGUUACUUACCAUUACUGACAACCUAGUUUUGUCAGUAUUUAUGGUCCUAACAUCUUAUGGGGUAAAGCUAAAAAUUUCAGCCCCUCAAAAUUGUUUACUGACUUAUGGUAAUUUGAUGCACUGUAAUAGAAAAGAGAAGAAGCUGCAGGUUCCAGUUGCUUAAAGUGCGUCUUUUUAUUUUGUGUGUUUGCUUAUUUUUAUUUUUUUUCUUUGAACUGCACUUUGGUCACAAAUGUCUUUAAAGAUGUGGACAGAGAACUGAUGUGACUAUUGCUUUGUUGAAAGAUAAUAUAUAAUAUUAUGUAUGAAGAUCGUUAUAAUAUUAUAUGUAAAAGUGUGCCUAUUACCUAUAUGUAAUGGACAGUGCCUGAAAAUGUAUGCUUGUGGGGGGCUCUAUGCCUAUCACUGUGUAUCAAAAAUAUAAAAAUGGCUGCCACCAGUUAAUGCAAACAAUAGGUACACGAGGCAACGAUUAAUGUGUUCUCCAAAGCUUUAAUUCCUUAUUCUCAGAAUGCAUGUACGCACAGAACAGAAGGGGCAUUCUUGUGACUGUCAUGGUUUUGCACAGUAUUUCAUAUGUUGUACUUUAUACAAUUAAAAAUAAAGAA